AUGAGGACACAGCUGCUGAGCAUCCGACCUCUGCUCCUCUGGUUCAUGGGCAGCGUGGUUUUCGACCUGCUUUACUGUCUCUUUGUCUACCACGUCCUCAUCAAGGGACACAUCCAAGUUGGCCCUGCCCUGUUUGACGCGUCCAGGGCCAACUACCUCGUCACCAUCUUCUCACUCAUCUCGGGCUUCCUGAUGGACAUAACCCUCCGCAACCUGCUCAGCUACAUGCGGAUGGCCUUCCUGGCACGACCGGGCGGGGCACCUGUGACGACGUUUCUCGCCCUCGGCCCCUCGACCGACUGGCUGUCGGCUGCAAAGAUUGCCUGGGCCACGCAGCCGCCCAACUUUUGGCUGCUUGUCAGACUCGCUCUGCCUAUCCUGAGUCUUGCUCUCGGCUCGAUCCUCAAAAUCAACACCGCAUUCGAGUACUAUUUCGUUUCGGAUGGCGUAGGCCUUGACGUGUACGCUGGGCUCACCACCCUGGACAAUCGCGUCCUGGAAGUCGCGUCCACAGCAGAAGUACUCGUCUACUUCUCCAUGUGGGUGUCGAGUCUGCUCAGCACGUCCAAGUUCGCCGUCGGCUUCGCCCUUCCCGACUGCGGCAACAGCCUCUGCCAGGCCCUGGUGCUCCCAGGCGGCUUGGAGAUGUCCCGGCAACAUCGCCCGUUGGAGCCGUUCCUGAACUACUCCAUCUUCCACGAUGGCACUUUCGACAAUGCCCAGACCAUCCUCAUUGAGAAUGCCCCGGGCUUUGUCGCCGAGUUCCGGAGUCUUGGGGAGAGCAUGACUUUUGACCCAGUAGGAGAGUGUGUGUACGGCGCUGGGCUUAUCAACGAUUCGCUCCAGCUGUGCGCACGCCAGAUGGGGAACUCACUCGCGGCUGGUAACUGCCCGCAAAAGCUCUUGGACGUCCAGGGCUGCAACGACGACCGUUCCUGGAUCCACAGACCGCUCAAGUUCAGCACAAACCUGACCGUGUACCGGCAGCACACGACGACGGCAUACAGCCGGCAGAACUUCUCCAUCAUCGACGUCAAGGCCAUCGGCGACCCGAAGCCCGUCUUCAUCAGCGCCGUGGAAUACAUGAAGAUCUUUAGCAAGAUCUUGGUCCCGAGCCCCAACGCCAGCGCCGAGGCCGUCUACAACAUCAACGCGCUGGCGUUUGCGCUGACGUGGUCGCACCGCAACUACGGCGAGGUGUUCCCCAACGACAACAGCACGCUCGCCAGUCUGCUGCACAACUUCCUGUCGGUCCCGCUGCAGUUCACCGUCACGGCCGUGCAGUGGAGCAACUAUUCCAUCACCGAGAAGGGGCUGCAGCUGCCGCCCGACAUGAACGCCACGUUCGCGCUGCCGGCCGAGAUGGUCACGCGCGCCAAGGGCGGCGCGUCGGGCCAGCGCCUCGUCAUCGAGACGUGGACCGGCUGCGUCUUCAUCGCCGCCACCGCCGCCCUGCUGGUGUUGGUGCACGUCGGCAUCGUCCGCAUCCUGCGCCUGCGCGAGCCGCUGCCCGCCACGUCGGGAAUUGGCGACAUCGAUAUCAUGAACUCGGCCGACGACACCACCGUGCGCACCCUGCGAGCGGGGGCGGAGGACGGCGACAGCCCCCGCGAGGACAUGAGCCUGCUCGAGUUCACAAGGGGGCUCGGCACUGCUUCCUCGCGAAGCCUGGCCAAGUCGCUGCGGGAUCGCCGGGUGCAGCGUCGCAAGAGCUGA